ACUCAGAAAAGGUGAAAGGUUGUGGGAAUGUGUCAAUUUGCUGGUCGCCGGUUGGCAAAGUGGUCUCUCGUCUCUUACUUUCAACUUUGACAGAAGCUCGGUGUAUUACACCCGAGGUCGGUGUAGCUAGAUCGAUAUCUUAAUUUAAUAAGCGGACAUGGCCAAGAAACGAAGAGAAAGACGAGAGGCCGAUAGUGUUUCGUCAGUAACGUUACACGAGGAACCGAAGACAAAAUUUAACGAGGCACAAACCCUCAAAGAGACUCAAUACACUGGAGGGGGCUCAGCUCGCAUGUCUCUCCUCAUCCUGCUGUCUGUCUUCACCUGCGCUGCUUCUGUCAUGUACCUAGUGUACAGGAAUUUCCCAGAGCUCAACGAUGAUGAGAUGGCUACAAUUAAAAUCCCCAAAGAUAUGGAUGAUGCCAAAGCCUUGGGCACUGUACUUUCCAAAUAUAAGGACACCUACUACACCCAAGUGUUAGUAGCCUACUUUACCACUUAUAUCUUCCUCCAGACAUUUGCGAUCCCUGGAUCCAUCUUCCUCAGUAUCCUGUCUGGUUAUCUCUACCCCUUCCCCCUGGCUCUUUUCCUCGUCUGCCUGUGCUCUGGCCUGGGUGCUUCCUUCUGCUACAUGCUGUCUUAUCUAGUGGGGCGACCAGUGGUCUACAGAUACCUGACAGAGAGAGUCCAGAAAUGGUCCCAGCAGGUUGACAAGCACAGAGAUCAUCUUAUCAAUUACAUCAUAUUUCUGAGGAUCACUCCCUUUCUCCCCAACUGGUUCAUCAACAUCACCUCACCCAUCAUCAAUGUGCCUUUGGGGUUCUUCUUCCUUGGUACUUUCUUUGGAGUGGCCCCACCGUCCUUCGUGGCGAUCAACGCUGGUACAACACUGUACAAACUGACGACAGCUGGGGAGGCAGUGUCCUGGAACUCUCUGAUUGUGCUAGGUGUCCUGGCCAUACUCUCCAUCCUGCCUGUCUGCUUCCAGAAGAAACUGCAGCAGAAGAUGGAGUAGGCCCGAGACAACUCAUCUGCCUGCCUGAUCCCCCAGCCCAUACCUUGGCUCAGGAAUGGUACACCCCGCUGUCACUCACAUAGUCCUGCCUGUUGCUGUCCCACACACCUGCUGAGGUUGCAGUGGAAACAUUGCUGUUGGCCCAACCCUGACUCCUGUGUCCAAAACAUGUGGUGGUGGCCACCUCAACUUUGUGCUCUACAAAGGACUAACUGGCCUCUGCUCAUCCUCGGGUUUGUUCUCCCAUUUUUGUUAAAUGUUGCUUGCCUGUACACCGAUUUAAGGAAGGAUACAGAAAACAUCAGGCAUCUGUCUUUAAUAUUGUUUUAAUCACAAUUGUUCUCACAAGUUCAAGCUACACUUCCCCCCUUUGUAUUUCUUGAACCAUGUUUUGAAUUGAUUUAAUCUCUUAACCUGUGUGAUAUGGGUGACGUCAAAGCAAUACUGAUCAGAGUCGCAGUUUAGUGUUUUUGAUUUUCACAAUUUUAGAACUAUUGUUAUGACUUUUAUACACUGGUUAGAAUGUGAGCAUAUUGAAUCAUUUAGAAUGUUCUAUCAUUUGAAGAUAUUGUUAACACACCACCCUAAAAUGAUCUGUGUGCCAACAAUGUUGACAUGAAAAAUAUGCAUAUGAACACAUAGUAAGAUAAAUAUAAAACUCUUGAUGCUUUUGUUGAGCCUAUCAGUAAACAUAUGAAACGGCAUAUCAAGUAUUGAAAACUAGUGUUUUGUAUAAUAUUAUUUUAUAUUUGUUCUACUAAUGGUGCUGAGACUCCCUCUCUGCCUGUGUGCUCUCCCUUGUGUGUCACCAGUCCAAAUGUUCUGCCAGUUGAGAAAUGCAGUAGUGGAUGACCAGCAGUGUCCUUUGCAAAGCUGCAAAUUUGAUAUUUGGUUGUUCAUGCUUUUCCCAGGUGUUAGUGAUUUCACACUGCUACUUCAUGUACAGUGCCUUCAGAAAGUAGUCACAACCCUUGACUUUUUCAUAAUUUUGUUGUGUUACAAAGUGGGAUUAAAAUGGAUUUAAUUGUAAUAUUUUUGUCAAUGAUCUACACAAGGCCUCCCGGGUGGCGCAGUGGUUAAGGGCGCUGUACUGCAGCUGUACUGCAGCGCUAGCUGUGCCAUCAGAGACUCUGGGUUCGCACAAAGGCUCUGUCGUAACCGGCCUCGACCGGGAGGUCCGUGGGGCGACGUCCGGAGGGCUUGGUCGGUAGGGAUGUCCUUGUCUCAUCGUGCACCAGCGACUCCUGUGGCGGGACGGGCGCUGUGUGUGCUAACCAAGGUUACCAGGUACACAGUGUUUCCUCCGGCACAUUGGUGUCGGCUGGCUUCUGGGUUGGAUGUGCGCUGUGUUAAGAAGCAGUGCGGCUGGUUGGGUUGUGUAUCGGAGGACAUAUGACUUUCAACCUUCGUCUCUCCCGAGCCCGUACGGGAGUUGUAGCAUACAACAAUUGGAUACCACGAAAUUGGGGAGAAAAAGGGGUAAAAAUUCAACAACAAAAAAAGAUCUACACAAAAUACUCUGUCAAAGUGGAAGCAAAAUUCAAACAUUUGUAAAAAAUAAAACACUAAUAUACGCUACAUGACCAAAAGUAUGUGGACAUAUGCUCUUCGAAGAUCUCAUUCCAAAAUCAUGGGCGUUAAUAUAGAGUUGGUCCCCCCUUUUCUGCAGUCGGUGUUCCAAUUAAUCCCAAAGGUGGUUAAUGGGGUUGAGGUCAGGGCUCUGUGCAGGCCAGUCAAGUUCUUCAACACCGAUCAAGACAAAUCAUUUCUGUAUGGACCUCGCUUUGUGCACAGGGGCAUUGUCAUGCUGAAACAAGAAAGGACUUUCCCAACACUGUUGCCACAAAGUUGGAAGCAUAGGAUCGUCUAGAAUGUUGUAGUGUUAAGAUUUCCCUUCACUGGAACUAAGGGACCUAGCCCAAACCAUGGAAAACAGACCCAGACCAUUAUUCCUCCUCCACCAAACGCACAGUUGCAUUGGGGCAGGUAACAUUCUCCUGGCAUCCGCCAAACCCAUCUGUCGGACUGUCAGAUAUUGAUGCGUGAUUGAUCACUUCAGAGUAUGCGUUUCCAGUGCUCCAGACUCCAAGCGGCGAGCUUUAAGUGAAAACUGUAACUAGGCCACUCAGAAACAUUAAAUGUUGUCUUGGUUAGCAACUCCAGUGUAUAUUUGGCCUUGUGUUUUAGGUUAUUGUCCUGCUGAAAGGUGAAUUUGUCUCACAGUGUCUGUUGGAAAACAGACUGAACAAGGUUUUCCUAUAGGAUUUUACCUAUGCUUUGCUCUAUUCUGUUUCUUUUGAUCAUAAACUCCCUAGUCCUUGCAAAUGACAAUCAUACACAUAACAUGAUGCAGCCACCACCAUGCUUGAAAAUAUGAAGUGGCACUCAGCGAUGAUGUUUGGAUUUGUCCCAAACAUAAUGCUUUUUUAUCCAGAACAUAACGUUAAUUUCUUUUCCAGAUUUUUUUGUAGUUUUACAUUCGUGCCUUAUUGCAAACAGGAUACAUGUUUUAGAAUAUUUUAUUCUGUAUAGGUUUCCCUCUUUUCACUCUGUCAAUUAGGUUAGUAUUGUGGAGUAACUACAAUGUUGUUGAUCCAUCUCAGUUUUCUCUUAUCAUAGCCAUUAAACUCAUUGUGAAAUCCCUGAGCGUUUUCCUUCCUUCCUUUACACCAUCCAAAGUGUAAGAUCUUCACCAUGCUCAAAGGGAUAUUCAACGUCUUUUAAUAUAUUUAUUUUUUAACACAUAUACCUACCAAUAGAUGCCCUUUGUGAGGCAUUGCAAAACCUCCCUGGGCUUUGUGGUUGAAUCUGUGUUUGAAAUUCACUCAAUUCAGGGACCUUAAUUAUAUGUACGUGUGGGGUACAGAGUUGAGGUAGCUAUAAAAAAAACAUGUUAAACACUAUUAUUGCACACAGAGUGAGCCCACGCAACUUAUUGUGACUUGUUGAGCACAUUUUUACUCCUGAACUUAUUUAGGCUUGCCAUAACAAAGGUGGUGAAUACUUAUUGACUCAAGACUAUUCAGCUUUUCAUUUUUUAUUAGUUUGUAAACAUUUCUAAAAACAUAAUUCCACUUUGACAUGAUGGGGUAUUUUAUGAAGGGCAGUGACAAAAAAUCUAAAUUAAAUACAUUUUAAAUUCAGGCUGCAACACAAGAAAAUGUGAAAAAGAGUCAAGGGAUGUGAAUGCUUUCUUAAGGGACUGUAUAUAUUUCUUAGAAUCCAACCUGUAUGUAUCUGUUGGUGUGAUGCCUAAUUUGUACUAUAGUUUGGUUGCUUUGAUGUGAUUGGAGUGAUUUUUAUUUAGCCUUACCUGAUGUCAUUAUAUGAAUUCUCUGCAGCUGUGAAACCUUCUGGUUGUAUCUAGAGGUUGAUGCAGUGAAUGUGCGCUUGGGCAGUCUUACUGUUGAUGUUUCUUCAAAGUCCAUGUCUCAAGCACUGUCCACUCUCUGCAUCUGAGAUCACUCAUUAUUCAUGAAAAUUGAUUUUAAAAAGUGAGGAAUCAUUUUUUAUAUUUGGAUUAUUAACGAUCUUACUUGGAUCAGCGUUUUAAUCCACUAUAGAAACCCUUUCAGAACAUGAGAAAAUACAUCUCAUUUGUUAGUAUUUAAUUACCUGAAUUAAUUUGUGUGGCCACUUAGCAUAUCUAAGGCUGUGUUUACACAGGCAGCCUAAUUCAUUUUUUUUCUCCCACUCAUUGGUCUUUUGACCAGUCACAUCAGAGCUUUUCUCAGAUCUGAUUGGUCAAAAGACUAAUUAGUUAAAAAAUAGAUCAGAAUUAGGCUGCCUGUAUAAAAGCAGGCUAAGUGCUUCAUAAUGGCCACUUUGGCUGUGUUGACACAGGCAGCCAAAUUCUGAUAUAUUUUUUUUCUCCACUAAUUGGUGUUUUGACCGAUCAGCUCUUUUGCCAAUAAUUGGUCAAAAGAUCAUAACUGUUCUGCCUGUGUAAAAACAGCCCUACUGUAUCCCAAUCCCGCUGUUACCCAUCAAUUUCAUGACCUGUUUCAUGUGAUUUAGUUGUGUUAUUGUUCUUGAUGUUUGACAUUUGGGCUUCACCUUGUUGUAGUUCAUAGAGGUUGCAUCAUUACCUCAUCUUGAUUGCACUGCAGUAGUUUUCAGAGGGAUCAAGCCCGAUGGGAGAUCCUGUAGCUGUUCAGUCAAUACAAAGUGUGUGCUCUUAUGAAAGCUGUUUUUGGGUUUAAUAAAUAAGAAUAUUUUGUUCCUUUGCCCUUA